UUCACCUGACACAGGAGGAGCUGGCAAUGGCCUCCAGGGUUAGCAGUGAUGUUUUGGGUGGUGACCCUCUGUGCAGCCUUGCUGUUCUCAGUCAAGGCCCCUGAGUACCAACACCCGGCAGGAGGAGCACGCUCUCCACUGAGGAGGGGAGAAGGUCAGCAGCAGCUCCUGGUCCAGGUUCUUCUUCCUCAGGACACGGAGGAGGUGCAGCUGCUGCUGGCCUUCUUUACCAGGGUGAUGGUGUGUGGGUCCAGGUGAGAUCAGCAGAGAAACCUGAAGGUGGAGACAGAUUCAACCUGUUCUUCAGUUACAGUGAGAGGGGGUGGAGCUGUCUGUGCCUCCUGAAGUCCAUUAUCAGAUGUUCAGCUUCAGGUUACUUUCUGAGCGCCGGUGGGACAUGUUCUCUACCUCCACCCUGUACGCCGUGUCAUCUCCAUCAGAGACGGGCCCAACCACGGUGGUGUCAUCCUUAUACUGGACGGAGACGUUGGGAUGCUCCAGGGGCCGUACAGCAGCCUGGACCGGGACCGGCUCCUCAUCCGGCUGCCCUUCAAAAGCUUUGCCGUGGGGACGGUUCUGCUGCCGGUGACCGGCUUCAUCGCCUGCAUCUUCAUCUCCCUCUGGUACCACUACGAGGACGCGACGUACACGCACUGUAAGGUGUCCAACUACCUCCCGUCCAUCAGCUCCGCCAUCAGCGGUGUGCCGGAGCGCUACAUCUGGCGCGGCUGCAUCGGGCUCCACUCGGCGCCGCGGUACCUGGUGGCCUUCGCCUACUUCAGCUUCUACCGCAGCCGCUUCGCCAACAGGCUGCGGGAGCUGCUGCUGAGCGGGCUGGCGCUCCUCUGCAGCCUCGCCGAGAACACCGGCCUGGUGAUGCUCACGUACGUGUCGUCCACGGAAACCUACAGUGUUCAUAAGUACGGGUUCAUCACGUUCAUAGGGAGCUCGCUGGUGCACAUGCUCACUACGUGCUGGCUGUGGUACGUCAUCAAGAGACACUACGUGAACCCAGAGGAAGUGACAUCAUAUCGCUGGAAGCUGCGUCUCUUCCUGUUCAACAUCAGCUGCUUUGUGAUCGCCGCCUACUUCUUCAGACGCCACAACAAAUACUGUGAAGCAGGAAUCUACUCCCUGUUCGCCGCCUUCGAGUACCUGGUGGUCUUCUCCAACAUGGCCUUCCACAUGACGGCCUUCUGGGACUUCGGGAGCAAAGAGGUGACCGUGGCCACGCCGCCGGAGGACAAACGAUACUGAGCAGGAGGGGGCGUGGUGUUUCUACAAUUUCUGAACUCAAGCGAAGAGAGAGGAGUCUGAUGACAUCAUUCCAACGACACCCUGACCUUCGGAGCGGGACGGCGUGAUGGAGACGUGGACCAGAGUUCUUCUUCUUCUCUUGUUGUUUCUCUAGUGCGCCUGUGUCUUUAAAUCAUCAGAAAUGAUGCGUAUUGAUGAUGUCAUUGAUGAUCAGCCUGCUGUGAUGAUGUCACACUUGUUUGUUUACAGAAACAGCUGAUCAGGGUUUUAAUGGUUUUAUUUCCACACAGAUGAAAACCAUCAGAGACAAAAUAAAUGUGAUGAUGAUGAUUU